UUCGGUCUCAUGCCUCAAGGGAAAAACUAAUUUAAAACCGUCUGAAGGCCAAUAACUUAAGAUUCAGAAACAGGAAUUUGAAUUUUAAGGAGCAGAAGGCCUCAUCUUAAAAUAUAUCUCCAAAUUAGGCUGAAGGCCCAAACACUCUCACGCCCUAAGGGCAAAACAACUUUAAUUUAAAAUCGGCUCGAAGCCAAACAUAAAAAAAAACAACAAAUAAGAAGAGGCAGCACAUCAAACAGCGCUUAGAAGUUUCCAAGGGUUGGCCUGGAAUUCAAACACUAAUGCUCACUUAGGUGAGACAGGCAGUUGUUCCAACAAUUUAGGGGCUCGGAGAGAUAUAGUCAUAAACCACAACUUCCACGAAAUUGAGUUUUUCAUGCUGCGGCAUUCUUAACAAUGUCUUCUUCACAAUGUGUUGAAAAAGUUCUGUGUUACUGCAACAGAUGGCAGGCUAUGACAGAGUGCAGAUCUAUGCUGUAACAUCUGGUGAUAGUUUCAGAAGAUACAUAGUCACAAGCCACGACAAAAUGGCAGGUGGGUCAGGAACGUCUGAAGCGUCUUUGGGUCUUCAACGCAUAGUAGUGGAAGUGAAGAGCUUUACCCCUUGGAAUCUGACAGUGAUGAAUCUUGGCAUCCAUCGACCAGCAGUUCCAGCUCAGAUGAUGUUUCGACUUCCAUGGAACUUUAAACUCGCUGUAUCUCAAAACUUGUUCAAUGUGGCUUAUGACUAUAUCUCUCCUACCCCUUCAAUUCUCAAUCCGAUGGCAACCCAACCGACAGACAGUCAAUGGACCAAGCGAAAGGAUAACUUCCACUCCACCCGACCAGCUCACAACAGGGGGUUCAAUGGAACAAUGCAGAACAUAUCGGCGCCCACAACAAAUUACACAUCCAUCUGUCAAACUACACUCCGUGCAGGACAGCCACAACACGACGAGGAGAAUACACUGCCUGAAUUUACGUCAACUGCCAGGGCAGGUAACCGGAACGACAACGGCCACAAGGAACGUCCCAACAGCCCACAACGAAAUUCAAACGACAGAAUGUGAACAGUUAGGGCUGGCUGGUAGUAAAGAAUCAUCUUUCGUGUCUGGGAUCAGUGAGCCAUGGACCUCGUAUCAAUAAGAACAGCCCCUCACACCUUGAUCACUCGUGGACGCCACCAGCGGCACCAUGGAGACUUCCUCACUUCUCCACGCCUACCAACCAUCUCUCCACACACGGCACAGCUGGAGGCAAGGCACAAGGGUGCGAAUAUCGAUACACGCAUAAUGGUGAUAACCGUGGGAGACAAAACAGAGAACAGCAACCAAGGUUUGAUGCAAAGCAUAAGACGAACCAACCACAGCUCAGUGCCGACUUGUGCACUUGUGAGA